ACGCAGAGAGAAAGAGAGAGAGAGAGAGAGAGAGAGAGAGAUUAGAGAGAGAAAACCCAAGAAGAAGAAGCCAACACAGAGAAAAAGGAGAAGAGGGGUUGUAGAAUAAGAAGAAGAAGAAGCCCUAAAUCAACAAUUUAUUGAGCUCUGAUUCUCUCGGUUUCUGCCUUCGUUCUAUAACACAUUGCCAAGAUCUUUCUUCGCAAUUAUUGAAGGAACUGGUUUCUUCGGCUUAUGGCAAACUCGAAGGGACCAUCUAGUACAACCAUUCGAAGCAUGAUGUACAACGGGAAGAACCCUUUACUCCCGCCCAAAAGCCCGUUCCCCACCAUUUCCCCUUCCUACGCCGAAUUUAUUCCCAGCUCACAAAACCCUCCAAAAACAACGUUCCAAAACCCGAGAGACACAAUAAAUCACCACCAAAGAACUUCCUCCGAGAGUUUCUUGAUCGAGGAGCAACCCUCUUGGCUUGACGACCUUCUAGAAGAACCCGAAACACCCGUUCGGAUGAGAGGAGGAGGAGGUCAUCGUCGAUCUUCGAGCGAUUCUUUUACGUACGCUGACCUGGCAAAUGCAGGGAACUAUGUAUCCCAAGAUGUUAAUAGGUACAACAAGAAUAUGAUGUGGGGUCCGCAGGACUUUGAUAUUUACAGGGAGGCCCGCGAGAGCUCUUUCUAUUCGGAGCCGAAUCCUUUCGGUAAAAUCAAGAAUAAGACUGUCGCGCCUCCUCCGCCUCCACGGGGGAUUCCUACCCCUAGGGGCAAUAACGUAAUUCAGAGUGCUCGAUCGUUGAGCGCUUUGCAAGAUGCGGAUAGGAAUCAUCAACCUCUGUUGGCUGAAAGGAGUCAAGCGCCGCCUGAGAGAAGGGACUUUUCUCAUGUCAAUUAUUCAGAAACCGACAAACGUGCCAAGCAGCAAUUUGCACAACGAUCGCGGGUCCGGAAGCUCCAGUACAUAUCUGAUCUUGAAAGCAGUGUCCAAGCCUUACAGUCAGAAAGUACUGAAGUUUCAGCCGAACUCGAAUUUCUGAGUCAGCAAACCAUGAUCCUAAGCAUGGAGAACAAGGCGCUGAAGCAACGUUUGGAAUCUCUAGCUCAAGAGCAGCUUAUCAAGUAUUUGGAGCACGAAGUGCUGGACAGAGAAUUAAGUAGACUGAGGAACUUGUACCAACAGCAGCAGCAGCCGCCGCCAAUAAUAAUGCCGUCUAGCCAUAGACGCUCCAAAAGCCGAGAUUUUCUCGAUCAACAAUUUGCUAAUCUCUCUCUAAAACAACCCAAAGAAGCCGCCGCUGCCACUAAUGCUGCUGUUCGUGAGAACUCUCACGUGUCGGGCCAACUUCACAUGUAAGAGUUAAAAUCUUACUUAGCUUGAUCUUUUUACCGAAAUGCCCCUAUCCCGAAAUAGCAGUUAGCUAUUGUUUUGGGUGAAAUAAGCCGGACCUGCCCUUUUUCGUCCUAUGCUAUAGCUUCACUCGUUUUUUUUUUCUUAAUUGUUGUUGUCGUUUGUCAGUGACCGAUGAAUUUUAAAUCUGCUGAGUUUUCUUUAGUACCGUGUGCGCCUGGUGGCAUGUGCCGUAAAAUUUGCUAGUAGUUUUUGGCAGUGACUCACCCGAGGUGGUUUUAUCUUUAAACUUUAAUGAUCUCAGCUAGUGUUCUUUGUUUUGUUCAAGUCUUUUUUCAAUUAUAUUAUUUCGUUUUACGGUUUUACCGUUUUCGUU